GAACAUCCCUGGUGCGAGACCGAGACAGACACGAAUAAAAAUUAAACGAGGCGAACAUAUUAGCUCAAAAUUAAACGUUCACACCAAAUCAUUUUCGGCAUUUUGUGGCUAAAUCUUUGAGUUAUUAAAUUUCCAGUGAUUCUCCUAACAUCUAACUGCGACAAUAUUUCAAUAACGUGUGCUGCAAAAGGGCAAAUAAAUUUCUUUCUGCGAAUGUGUGUCUGUGUGUGUGCCCGUGCGUAAGUGCGAUUUCAUAUUCAUUCCAUUACGUGUGCUGGCAAGAUUUCGGCUGAACAAAGACUUAACCAAUUGGGCAGCGGACACAAACAGGCGUAUAUCAUUUGGCAGCCGUGGCAGGCGAGACAGAUGCAUUUUGCAAUGUGAGCUGUUGUUGGCCCCCGCCACUGGGGCCACCAGCCAAUGUCUUGAAAUAAUAACAAAAACGUAAACAUUUAACGAUAUCGUUAAGUCAUUGGUGAAAAUAGGCCUUGUGGCCCUGAGUGCUUUUAAAUACUAAGUAGUGAUUAUUGCGCCGCAGAAAGAAAGAGGUCUUAACUAAGGAGAAGAAGCAGCAGCAGCAGCAACAAAUACGUCAAUACACCAAUACAACUGCCUUGAACGUGUAGAUAUAUGUAUAAACAUUGCUGACCAGCUAAGCAAUUCGGUCAUCAUACAGCAGCUGCUGGUGGAAAAACAAAAAACGGACAUCUCGAGAGACGCACCAAUUAGCAAUUGAUACGUAGAAUUAUGAACGUAGAGCAUCAAUUGAAAGCUCCGCUACCGCAGAUUUGUAAUUUGGUCAAACACGUGAACAAACGAAAUUUCAACGAAACCAGCGAACAAAUCAAGCAGUUUAUCCAAGAUAACGGACUCGAAGCGGAUCGUACCAGUCUCCGUUAUCUGUUCACGGUACUCAACUUCAACGACCCGGCCCCAAACGUUACGGCCCAACUGCAGGCAAAGCUUUUGGGCGCUCAUCUGCAGCGGCAGCUGCAUUGUUCCUCAUUUAUCUCUAAUAUAUGUUUUGCCUUUGACCAGCAUUUUGCUAAACACAAAGGUCUCAAGCCCCCUGCAAUUGUUGAACUCAUUGCCCAAGUAUCCAAGUUAACAGGCAUUAAUAAGCUCUGCGAGUGCGUCUUCGCCCUAGCGGUGACACAUUCGUCUUACCCUGAGCUGCGUAAUUGUGCACAUGAGAAUCUACAUCGCAUUCUGCCUGAACUCUUAGACUCUUAUCUGUGUAACAAGAACGCUUCAGCUUCCUCAGUCAGCGGCUUGCAUGAGAUUUCGUCUGAACUGUUGCAGUUCUUGUUAUCAUCUUUGAGUGAAUACGUUUCGCCACAGCUGGAAGCACAGUUUUUGGUCAAGCUACGUGAGGAGUUUCCACGGUCAGCGGUGCCGUUGGUCCUAGCUCCGUUCCUCUAUCGUGCCCCCAUAACCGGCACGACGACGCACGGCGCGAAUAGUAACGAAACUGAUGCAGAAGAAACGACGGCAUCACCGAGCACCAACAAUUGCAAUUCCUCCGAUGCGGGGAGUUUAAAUUUAAACGAGGUUGGCAUUGAAGACAUCUAUGACCAUUUAUGCGAGAUAAUAUUUACAAACCAGGGUAAAAAUAAUAUUAUGGACACAUCUUGGAUUAAUUUAAUCCUUGAAAUCGGUUAUGAAUUUACAUCGAGCGUUGAAGAGUGCAAAAAUCAUCUCCGUUGUGGUGGCUCCCGUGAACUACAGGCAAAAGAUGUCGCAAAAAUUGUUGGACUUAUGUGCCGACGUCACUCGUCGCUGCUCGACUGCAAUGUAAACCUACCGACCCCAGCAAAUUUCUGGCCGGGACAAGGGCAAGCAUCACAAUCUCAACAGAAUACUACCAACAACAAUGAUGGCAGCGAGCCGACCGGUGAUAAAAAGGACAAAAAGGAGACCACAGAUGCCACGCAAACAUGGAAACCUGAUGUUUUUGUGCAAGCGCUCAAAGAGUUGGUGCCACAACUCAACUGGAAAGAUGUGUGCAUGGAGCUCGACCAUCCCGAGUUCGUGCUCAAGGAUCGAAUCGGACUGGAUCUGCUGCUGACGAUCUUCCGCCUCGCCACACAGUCGAAUAUUUUUCCACAUCCAGAAUGCAUUUACCGUCACUGGCAAAACACAGAGGGACAAUUGUCGCUCAUCACAACGAUGCUGAAUAAUCCUGACUUGUUCUCUUUCGCCGACUUUGUCUUUAGCUCACCGGCCCUGGAAGUGUUGAAAACGGCACCUGAUGCAGACAAUAAAGAAAUAUCAGCAUGGAAGUCCCUACAUCUUGUGGAAGUGCUUUUGCACAUUGCAGACAAGGGCUAUUACACACAGGUUCAUGAGCUCUUCAAAUUUCCAGCACAAAACUGUCCGGAUGUUCUAUUCCUUGCCUUAUUGCAUAUAAAUCCGCCGCUGACGCCAUUGCGCCAAGAUCUGUUCAAUCAACUGAUACCGACAUUUUUGAGCAAUCAUCCCAACUCCAAUGCCAUACUGGCCAGUGCUUGGAGCUCAACAAACUUCCAGCUACGCCCCCACAUUAUGAAUGCCAUGUCAGAAUGGUACCUACGAGGCAGUGAUUUCGACCAGGUGAAACUAUCGCGCAUUCUAGACUUGGCUCAAGACCUAAAAGCACUGUCGUCACUACUGAACGCCCGAUCCUUCCUCUUUAUCAUCGAUCUCGCCUGCCUAGCAUCGCGACGAGAAUAUUUAAAAUUAGAAAAAUGGCUUAGCGACAAGAUCAGAGACCAUGGCGAGCCCUUUAUGCAGGCAAUGAUUAAGGUGCUGCAACGUCGCUGCCCACAAGUAACUAAUACUAAGGUGCCGGAGGACCAACUACCAUCUAAGCAGGCUCAGCUUUUGCCCGAGACUGUCACAACCAUGAUUAACUGUUUGCAAGCGUGCAUCAAUAAUUGCAUUCAGCCCGACACCGCAGAGAUAAUUAUGCAAAUGGCAGCCAACGUUGCAAUUAUGGCGAACAAGGCGCGUGCCCAGCAACAGGCUGGUCCGCAGGGCCUUGUGCCGCCGCCACCACCGAGCAUUUUACGCGGUCACCACGGAAUGGAUUUGCCCGGACUUGUACCCGGAUCGGUGCCACCGCCUCCACAACAGCCUUUUUCAGGCAAUCUGAACGCACAACAAAUGUUUGGACCCGGCAUGGAUCCAUUGGCUAAUCUCUCAAACAAUCUGGCCGGUCUCAACAUUGGCGGACCAAAUGGAGCUUUCAAUUUUGGCAAUAUGCUGAACAACUUGGUUUCUACUCCAGCCUCUCCGUCGCGCCUUAUGAAUCCAGGCGCCAAUCCGUAUCCGCUCAAUCCCAUGCAAAUGCCGGCGCCUCCACCGAAUGUUGGUAAUUUGGGUCGCAUGCUGCCAACUGGACCGCAGCCAACACCCACACCACCCAAUCCCAACAAUCCCGUUAUGGCAGAUUUGCAGAUACCCGUUUCGAAGGAGGUGGAGGAUGAGGCCAACUCUUACUUUCAGCGUAUCUACAACCAACAACCGAAUCCGGCCCUUUCUAUCGACGAAGUUUUGGAUAUAUUGCAACGAUUCAAAGAGUCCAGCAAUCGACGGGAAAAUGAGGUCUUCCUCUGCAUGCUGCGGAAUCUUUUCGAAGAGUAUCGCUUUUUCUCACGCUAUCCUGAUAAGGAGCUGCAGAUAACGGCCCAACUGUUUGGCGGCAUCAUCGAGCGCAAUCUUGUGCCAACUUUUGUGGCAUUGGGACUUUCGCUGCGCUGCGUUUUAGAUGCAUUGCGAAAGCCCGAGGGCUCCAAGCUUUAUUAUUUUGGUGUGACUGCACUCGAUCGAUUCAAAACGCGCCUUCACACCUACAACAAGUACUGUGAGCACAUUCGCUCUAUACCACACUUCUCAGAUUUUCCACCACAUCUGAUCCAGUACGUGGAUUAUGGCAUGCAUGGACAGGAGCCGCCGUCGCAAAAGUUGAUCGGGCUGAGUAACACAAUUCCCACGGCCAUAGCACCGGGAUCAGUGGAACCCCUAUAUCGCGCCAACUCUGUGCCGAGUAACAUGCCGGCAGCUCCGCCAACACAGAAGCCGCCCAUGAUUGUGACACAUGCAACUCGAAUGAAAUCUAUUGCAAAUGCCACUAAUAUCGACACUCUGCUUGUGGCCAAUCAAGAGGAAAAGAUCACUGUUCCUCCAGAGCCCGUGCAGGACAAAACUGCCUUUAUUUUCAAUAAUCUAAGCCAGCUGAACAUACCGCAGAAAUGCGAGGAAAUCAAGGAGAUCAUGACCAAAGAAUAUUGGCCCUGGUUGGCACAGUAUCUCGUACUCAAGCGAGCAUCUAUGGAAUUCAAUUUUCACACGUUGUAUUACAAUUUCCUAGAUGCGCUCAAAAACGGCGAAAUCAAUCGCUUCGUGACGAAGGAGACAUUGCGCAAUAUAAAAGUGUUGCUACGCUCAGAUAAGGGCGUAAUCAACUUCUCCGACCGCAGUCUGCUCAAAAACCUGGGCCACUGGCUGGGAAUGAUGACUCUGGGUCGCAAUCGCCCCAUUCUGCAGCUUGAUCUCGACUUAAAGUCGCUGCUCGCAGAAGCCUAUCACAAGGGCCAGCAGGAGCUGCUAUUUGUCGUCCCCUUUGUCGCCAAGAUUCUGGAAUCAUCGGCAAAAUCGCGCAUCUUCAAAUCGCCGAAUCCUUGGACAAUGGGCAUCAUGUAUGUACUUGGCGAGCUGCAUCAAGAACCGGAUCUGAAAUUAAACCUGAAGUUUGAAAUCGAAGUGCUGUGUAAAACUUUAAACCUAGAGUUGGCAAAGCUAAGACCUGUUAUUUAUCUGAAAGAUCCAUCACGGGCGAUGCAAAUUGACCAGCAAAUGUCGCAACCGAAGCCAAGGCCACCAGAGCCGCCAGUCCAACCACCGCCAAGUCAACCGGUGGCUCCACCGACCGAAGUCGAUCCACAGGCGAUGAUGAUGAGUACCUCCAACUCAAAUAAUGCACCCAGUUCGGUAUCCUCACCUAAUCUGCCCACAGAUCCGGGACAAGUGGUGCUGCCUCCGCCAGAGCCGCGGUACUCAUACCUGGAGGUGAACGUGACUAAUUUCCAGCUUAUUUCCCAGCAAUUAGUACUGCCCUCGAACAUACCAUUUCUACAUGCCAAUCCUGGCAUCAAACUCAUUGUUGUCAAUGCUAUCGAGCGCACAAUCACUGACUGGUUGCAGCCCGUCGUGGAUCGAAGCAUUCGCAUAGCGUGCGCCACCACAGAACAGAUAAUACGCAAAGACUUUGCCCUGGAUGGUGACGAGAAUCGCAUGCGAACCGCUGCCCAUCAAAUGGUGCGAAAUCUGGCUGCCGGUAUGGCAAUGAUAACAGGCAAGGACGAAAUUGCUCGUACCAUUAGUCAAAACCUACACAAGGCGUUUAUGGCUGCAUUGGCGGGUGUACCCAGCAUGUCCGAAAUCCAAUCUGCCUCCGUACAAUUGGCCAAUGAAAAUGUGGAACUCGUCUGCGCCUUUGUGCAAAAGAUUUCGGCAGAGAAAUCGGCAUUGGAAAUCGAUCGACGUCUAUCUACCGAUUUUGAGACGCGCAAAAUUGCGCGUGAGGAGGGUAGUCGUUUUGUUGAUGCGAAUAUAUUAAGCUAUCAACAGGAUCGUCUGCCCGAGCCAGUACGUCUAAAGGUAGGACCGGCGCCCGCCACUUUAUAUGCCGUCUAUUCGGAGUUUGCGCGCAGCAUUCCAGGCUUCCAGCAAAUGAGCGAUCGCGACAUUGCGAUGUUUGUGCCCAAGCCACAAGAUUUGCCACCACCCAAUGUUUUUGCCAAUGAUGAAUCGAGUAUGGUAUAUGCUGAAGUGGCCAGCAAGAUGGAGGCAUUCAUGAACUCAGCAAUUGGUUUGCCCGCGCUACAAUUGCAGGCGAGCAAGAUGCACAUACUGCUUAAUGCGCUAAUGGCCACUAGACGCCUAAGAGACCAAGAUUCAGCUUUCAAUCUGUUACAGCGUGCCGUCGAGGGCCUGACAGAGGGUUUGAUCAGUGUGCAGGAACACAUGGAACAGAUCAAACUCUAUCGUGACAUUCAUCUGCGCAUUCUCAGUCUAUUGCACAACAGCUUUGGUGCGCCAAAUACGGAGCGUGCGGUGACCAAGUGCUUCUUCGAUCAGCGCGAAGAUGUGCGCUACAAUGUAGAAGCAGCGCGCGCCCUCAUCACAGCGCAUUUCGUCAAUCUCGGUCAAUUCGAUUGCAUGUUGCGCGACUGCAUAGAUAAUGGAAACAACUUUGUAGCCAUCUCCUUUGCCAUUGCACUUCUAGAGCGCUUGAUUGUAGAAGACCGAACGAUCAAUGUCGUCUCAGACAAUGAAUUCAUGGCGACAGUCGAGGUUCUGGGUCGUCUCCCACAACAUCGUCACAGGUAUCCAGAGUGCAUUGUCAAUGCCAUAGAAACGCUCUGGUCUGGCAAUUUAAAUCCCGUCGACUAUGGCCCGUUCAACACUGGAGAUCGUUACGUACCCGGCGCUUUGCACUACAUUCACUCCGGCAUGCAUCAUGUACGGUCAUGCGACACUGAUGACCCGCCCGGGCUGCAAGAGAAAACCGAAUUCCUGCUCAAGGACUGGGUUGCCCUCUUCUCGCAACAAAAUCAACAGACGACCAGGGACGCUCGUAACUUUGGCUCCUUCGUACAGAAGAUGAACACCUAUGGAAUCCUGAAGACGGACGAUCUCAUCACGCGCUUCUUUCGCCAGGCCACGCAUAUCUGCACCGAUGUGGUCUAUCGCAUGUUUUCUGAACCGGGUUUGCCUGUCAAUCAGGCUAAAAAUAAGAUAUUCCAAUGGGUUGAUGCCUUUGUACAUUUGAUCGCCAUGCUGGUUCGACACUCGGGCGAGGUUGGCAAUCCCACAACUAAAAUCAAUUUACUUAACAAGGUGUUGGGUAUUGUGCUUGGGACACUAUUGAAGGAUCAGGAUCUGCGCGGCGUCGGAUUCCAGCAGGUGGGCUAUCAUCGAUUUUUCAUGAUGCUCUUUAUGGAACUGUGCUCGGCCGAUCCCAUACUUGAAUCACUGAUGCAGAGCAUCGUAUCGGCCUUUGCUCACAGCUACCAUCAGCUCAACCCAAGCGUGGCGCCCGGCUUCUGCUUUGCUUGGCUAGAGCUAAUUUCACACCGCGUGUUUCUCGGCCGCAUCCUUGUCCAGAUACCUGGCCAGAAAGGCUGGCCACUAUACGCACAGCUGCUGCAGGAUCUGUUUAAAUAUCUGGCACCCUUCCUGCGCAACACUGAACUGGGCAAGCCUGUCCAGAUGCUAUACAAGGGUACGCUGCGUGUACUACUCGUGCUGCUCCACGACUUCCCCGAGUUCCUGUGCGACUACCACUUUGGAUUCUGUGACACGAUACCGCCGAACUGUGUCCAGAUGCGGAACAUCAUCUUAUCGGCCUUUCCACGCAACAUGCGUCUUCCUGACCCGUUCACGCCCAACCUGAAGGUGGAUAUGCUCUCGGACAGCAGCAAUGCGCCAAAGGUGUGCAGCAACUACAUAGGAAACAUACAACCACCAAGCUUCAAGAAGGAUCUUGACUCGUACUUGAAGGCUCGUUCGCCUGUGACAUUCUUAUCUGAGCUGCGUGGUCACUUGCAGGUUACCAGCGAGCCAGGUACGCGCUACAACAUGGCGCUAAUGAAUGCCCUGGUCAUGUACGUUGGCACUCAAGCAAUUGCACUAAUCAGGAACAAAAACUUUGUACCCAACACAUCGAAUAUUGCGCACAGCGCGCAUAUGGAUAUUUUCCAGAAUUUGGCUGUGGACUUGGAUACAGAGGGGCGCUACCUGUUCCUGAAUGCAAUUGCUAAUCAAUUGCGUUACCCGAACAGUCAUACGCACUACUUCAGUUGCGCUGUUUUGCACCUCUUCGCCGAGGCCAAUUCUGAGGCAAUCCAAGAGCAAAUAACACGCGUUCUCCUGGAGCGUCUCAUUGUAAAUCGUCCACAUCCCUGGGGUCUGUUGAUCACUUUUAUUGAGCUGAUCAAGAACCCCAUAUACAAGUUCUGGGAUCACGAAUUCGUGCAUUGUGCACCUGAGAUUACCAAGCUGUUCGAGUCCGUGGCGCGCUCCUGUCUGGCCAAAUCGAAUGUUACACAGCAGCUGAACAUGUCCGGUGAUGGCGAGAGCUCGGAUGUCAGCAUCAACUGAGAAAACGCUACUGUCAGACGCUUUUGCAUGGAAGUUUGUGCGCUGAAACGCAGGCACCAGCACCAAAGGCAGCAAAAGCAACCCUAAAUUCAAUUAUGCUAACGGAUUUUGUUUAGUUUUUAUAGUGAAUCGUUUUAAGGAAAGAGUGGAAAUAAGUAGCGAGGCCAGACAACACUGGAGAUAAACAUAAAUACGAUGAAUUAUUCGAUAUUUAAUAGAAUGCGAAAAGAUAACAUUUUAAAUGCCGCAAGCAAAUGUUGAAAAUUUUAAUUCAAUACUUGUAUUAUAAUUGAUAUAAAAAGCUAGCCCGAAGUGUAUGUAAACUAAAAAAUCAAAACGAAAAAAAAAACCUUUUAAAAAAAUCGAAAAAAUGGAAACAAAAAAAAUUGCAAAAUGUACACGAAAAUGCAAAAAACUAACAAUGCGAUGUAAAUAGUUGUUGUUGCUACAUAAACAAACAAUAACAACAACAAAAUGAACACGUAGCAACAACGGCAAGAUCAUUUAAAUUUAUAUAACUAUUCAUAUACAAUGUAACUACUUAUAUUCUCAUCCAAUAUUUAUGAAUACGAAUCAAAUUUAUUUGUACAAUUCAUUUCUCAAGUCAAAUUCGAGUUGUCAAAGUAGCUUACUUAAUGAAUAUUUGCUACAGAUUUUUCGUUAGAUAUUUGUAUUAAUUAAUUUUAAAAUGUACACUCAAAAACAACUUGAAGAAGUCAACUUUCACCUGCGCAUGCUGUUUUGUUAAUUUUUCCUUUUAAAGACUUCGAACUACAAGCCUGCGCCGAAACAGAUUUUUUCUUCUUUAAUUGAAUUUUAUAUAUUUAUAUAUUUCUACAAUAUUAAAAUACAGUGUGUAUAUCAAUAUUAAAGCAGGAAAAUAAAAUAAUUUUAAUGUUCAGCCUAUGUUUACGAUAUUUUAGAGUACACUACUAAAUGUUAUUAGCAAUCUGUUCAAAUUAACAAUGAAUCAAUGAAUCCUGCUAAUCAAUCCCCUUUCACUGCAAACACAAACACACGCCGAACGACAUUAGCUUACAUUAUUAUUAUUAAAGAAACUUAUGCAUAAAUUCAUUGUAUUUACGCACGUAACUUUGUAUUUGAAAUUAAACUGAAACUGAAUUGAAAUCGAAA